AUGAAAUCAGGAGCAUUUGCCUGCUCUUCUACACAAAAUAAUAAUAUUUCUCGUGAUAAAUUUGUGAUAUUUUACCCAAUAUAUUCUAUUAUGAGUUUUUUCAUCACUAAUUACUUAAACAGGAAACAAGAAUUAAACCAUAAAUAUUUUGGCUGUUGACUUUCAAUAGAAUAAGAUAACACAUUUAUAUUCAUUAAAAAAGCAUACUGAAUGGGUGAGUUCAUUAAGUCUAAACAAUUCAGAAAAUCUACUAUUAACUUGUGGAUACUAAGAAACAAUCAUCUGGAAAAAGGAUCAAGAUAAUAAAUGGAAAUUUAUGACUGAGGUUAUUAAAUAGUCGACACCCAAUUAUCCAGAUAGGGCAUUAUUUUUAAAAGAUGAUUAAUAUAUUUUAUUUAAAAGUAGGAAAGGAUCUACUAGUGCAAUCGUAUAUUAAUAAAUAAAUUAGAUUUUACUAAAUAUUAUGAUAUAAAGUUUAAUACUAUACCCAACAUAGAAUUUAAAUUAUAUCAAACAUUUGAAUUUAGACCAGAAUUGA